GUAAUGAGCAGUCGCAGGUUGGGAUCAGGCAGAAGCAUAGUCGAGAACAAGCCAAGGUCGGUAAUGAACAGUCGCAGGUUGGGAUCAGGCAGAAGCGUAGUCGAGAACAAGCCAAGGUCGGUAAUGAGCAGUCGCAGGUUGGGAUCAGGCAGAAGCGUAGUCGAGAACAAGCCAAGGUCGGUAAUGAGCAGUCGCAGGUUGGGAUCAGGCAGAAGCGUAGUCGAGAACAAGCCAAGGUCGGUAAUGAGCAGUCGCAGGUUGGGAUCAGGCAGAAGCGUAGUCGAGAACAAGCCAAGGUCGGUAAUGAGCAGUCGCAGGUUGGGAUCAGGCAGAAGCGUAGUCGAGAACAAGCCAAGGUCGGUAAUGAGCAGUCGCAGGUUGGGAUCAGGCAGAAGCGUAGUCGAGAACAAGCCAAGGUCGGUAAUGAACAGUCGCAGGUUGGGAUCAGGCAGAAGCGUAGUCGAGAACAAGCCAAGGUCGGUAAUGAGCAGUCGCAGGUUGGGAUCAGGCAGAAGCGUAGUCGAGAACAAGCCAAGGUCGGUAAUGAGCAGUCGCAGGUUGGGAUCAGGCAGA